AUGGAAAACGAAACUCUAAAUGUCUCCUCAGUUGAUCAGACUACCACUGUUGGGACUGAACAGAUCCAGUUUGGGACUUUCCCACCAGUGAAUGUGGUUAUUCCACCUCCGAUCUCUGCUAUGUCCAAACUGCGGUUACUGGACAGAUACAUUCAGUGUCGUCUUGCUGAUGCACUAUUCAAGGUGUAUAGCAAUGUUGAGACGUCUAAAGAACUAUGGGAUUCUCUAGACAAAAAGUAUCGCACGGAAGAUGCUGGAUCUCAGAAAUACGCUGUGGCAAAAUUUCUAAAUUACAAAAUGGUGGAUUCCAGACCAAUAAUGGAUCAAGUGGGAAAGGUCGCAUGCAUCAUUGAGAAGCUUCCACCUCAUUGGACGGUCUUCAAAAACUAUCUGAAGUUGAAGAAGAAGUGGAUGAGUCUUGAAGACCUAACCAUGAAGCUCCAUAUGGAGUCAACAAACCGAAAGAACCUCGGAACAGGCCACAAAUCCUUUGAGUGCCGCAGCAAAAAGGCUCCAAAGAAACAUGAAGCUAAUCUCGCCUAUCCAGACAUGUGUGCGAUGAUCACUGAAGCAAGUGUUGCUAAUAGCCAUCCCAAGGCUUGGUGGUUCGAUACUGGUGCAACCAGGCACAUUUGCUUGGACAGGUCAAUGUUCUCUGCCUACACCAAGAACAAGAGUUAUGAGAAGCUAUUUAUGGGAAACUCUGUGACAUCAAAGAUUGAAGGUUAUGGGAAAGUUGUUCUGAAGCUUACCUCUGUACGUGAGCUCACCCUAACACAUGUGGUCCAUGUGUCGGACAUGCGCAAGAAUUUGAUCUCUGGAUCUCUCAUGAGUAAGCAUGGAUUUACCAAUAAGUUAGAGGCGGAUAAGCUGGUGCUAUCCAAGAAUGGGAUGUAUAUGGGGAAAAGGUUUGUUACUGAUGGUCUUUUUAAGAAGUGUGUUGAAGCUGUUCGCAGCGAUGUUGUAACCGAGGCUUCCACCUCGAAAAUGAAUGAGAAUAAGAAACCAGUUGCUUAUAUGUCUGAGUUUUUUACUUUAUGGCAUGAACGUUUAGGACAUGUUAACUUCAAAACUAUGAGUAGAUUGAUGAACAUGAAUAUGAUUCCUAAACACAAAAUAAGUAAAGACAAAUGUGAUAUUUGUGUUCAAGCUGAACUCAGUAAAACACCAUCACCUAACGUGGAAAGAACAACUGAACCUCUAAGUUUAAUUCACACUGAUUAUAUGUGA